ACGUCUCACGUUUGGGGAAAAAGUCGGUUUUGGUAGAUUCUUCGUUGUCUGUAUUACAACGUUUGGAAAGAGAUGUCUUUUGAUUUAAAACGUCGAUUCGCUUUGAAGUUAAUGAUUCCGGUGAAUAUCUUUAUUCCAGCUUUAGUUAUAAGUGCGUGUGACGUCGAGGAGUUCCUGCUGAACAGCUGUUUCAACACAACUGAUUUGAACUGCUUUUACUUUCUUUCUUUCUGAAGAAGCAGCCUCUGUGGACUGACGAUAUUUGUGAAGGUUGUACCUGAGCUCCGUUUCUUUCCCAGGUAGUGUGGUGGAGCCACAGAGUGCACUCCCCUCACCCAGUCCACGAGACCCCCUGCUCAAUCCUGAUUCCCACAUGGAUGUUCAGGGGUAUAAGUGGGUGUGUUGGCGAGUGUGGUUGUGUCGGCUAUCUGCAGUGCUGUCGUUGGGUCUCCUUUUGAUUGUGUUUCACUGGCGUCCACGGCUUGCUGUCCUCGCUCGCUGCACCUCCUGUCCUCUGGCUUUUGCAGAAAUUCUACUCAUCAGAGACAGUGCUGGACGGCAGCAUGUAGUGGAGGUCCUGACAGAAGAAAUGGAAGAUGGCAGUUGGGAGUUUGUAGAAGAUUUGGAGUCUCAUGAAUCGAAGGAUACAUAUCAGCUGUAUAAGGAAACUAAAACUCUGCUGCGGUACUACCUGUAUGAAGGGCUGCGAUACGUCUGGCUGCACAAGAAGGGGGCUUUCUGUCGAGUCAGUGUCCUCAAUGAGGACUGGACCUGCAAUGACAUACAUAGCUUUCGGAAGGGUCUGAGUUAUGAGGAGCAGAGUUUGAGGAGACGUGUGUAUGGGGUCAAUCUUAUUGAUGUGCCUGUGAAGUCAUACGUGCAGCUGUUGUUUGAAGAGGUCCUCAACCCAUUCUAUGUCUUCCAGUUAUUCAGCAUUACUCUGUGGAUAAUUGAUGAAUAUUAUUACUAUGCUUUGUGCAUAUUUAUUAUCUCCAUCCUCUCCAUCGCUACCUCACUUUAUGAGAUCCGUAAGCAAAGCACCACUCUGCACAACAUGGCUCGUCUGGUCACUGAUGUUCCAAUACGCAGAGUGUCGGGAGAAGAGCAGUGUGUGAGUUCACUAGACUUGGUCCCUGGAGACUGUUUAAUCAUUCCUCAGGAAGGGCUGCUGCUACCCUGUGACGCCACCCUGCUGGCUGGGGAGUGUCUCAUCAAUGAGAGCAUGCUCACAGGUGAAAGUGUUCCAGUGCUGAAAACCUCUCUUCCAGCAGGUGAAGGAAGGUACAGCCCUGAGAGUGCACGCAGGCACACUCUCUUCUGUGGAACUGAGAUCAUCCAGGCCAAAGCAGGAGGCAUGGGAGCCACUGGUGCUGUUGCUAUUGUUAUGAGCACCGGGUUUUUCACAGCCAAAGGUAAACUGGUCAGCUCCAUUCUGUAUCCUCAGCCAAUUAACUUCCGUUUCUACAAAGAUGCUACAAAGUUCCUUCUUGUCCUGGCUUGUAUUGCUCUGUUUGGCAGCAUUUACAGCUUUGUGAUCCUCUUUAAUUCCAAUGUGACCAUACUGCAGCUUGUCAUCAGGACCCUUGACAUUGUGACCAUUGUGGUACCUCCUGCCCUUCCCGCUGCCAUCACCGCUGGCACCAUCUAUGCCCAGCGCCGGCUGAAGAUUCAGGACAUCUUCUGCAUCAGCCCACCACGCAUCAAUGUUUGCGGCAAAGUCUCUCUAUUCUGCUUUGACAAGACAGGAACUCUGACUGAAGAGGGUCUGGAUGUGUGGGGGGUGACUGAGCGAGGACCUGCUGGUUUCUCACAACUGCUCAGAGAGCCCAGGCUCCUCCCCCCAGGGCUCAUGCUGUCAGGCCUGGCCUGCUGCCACACAGUGGUGCUCCUGUGCGGUCAGCCCAUCGGAGACCCUCUGGAGCUCAAGAUGGUCGAGUCCACUGGUUGGACUCUGCAAGAGCCAGAAGGAGACAAACAGGUGCUGGAUUCACAGUUUGGAGGCCAGAGAGUUUUGGCUGUUAUGAGACCUCCUGUACAGCAAGCUGAAGGCACUGUCACAAGAGAGGCUGUCGGCAUUGUUCAACGCUUUCCCUUCUCUUCCGCCCUCCAGAGGAUGAGUGUGGUGACUGUGGCACCUGGGGGGUGCUCAGCUCAAGCUUUUAUCAAGGGGUCCCCAGAGAUGGUGGCGAGUCUCUGCCGAGAAGAAACAGUACCAAUACAGUUCUCAAGCACACUUCAUACCUUCUCCAGCGAAGGCUUCAGAGUUCUUGCUCUCGGAUACAAACCGUUAGAUAAGGAGACAGAUCUGAGUACAAUUGAACGGGGGGCAGUAGAGAAAGACAUGAAUUUCUUGGGAUUGCUGGUAAUGAAAAACCUGGUGAAGCCAGAAAGUCCUGUGGUCAUUAAAAUCCUGAAAAUGGCACAGCUUCGCACAGUCAUGGUCACUGGGGACAACAUUUUAACAGCAGUUAAUGUGGCAAAAAGCUGUGAGAUGGUGGGCUGUAAGGAACAGGUGGUAUUUGUCCAUGCCACCCCCCCUACUGCUCACUCUCCAGCCACCCUCAAGUACCAUCUGGGAGACGGAGGGACCAGUGCCACCCAAGAUUCCAUCGAGGUCAUUACACAGAGUCUGUACCAGGCUGGGUUUGGAUAUCACCUGGCUGUCAAUGGCAAGUCUUUUGCUGCCCUCUGUGACCAUUUUCCCGAGCAUCUGCCGAAGGUUCUGAUGUGUGCCACAAUAUUUGCACGCAUGGCUCCUGACCAGAAAACCCAGCUGGUGAAAGAGCUGCAGAAACUGAAUUACCAGGUAGGCAUGUGUGGUGAUGGAGCCAAUGACUGUGGAGCUUUGAGAGCAGCUGAUGUUGGGAUUUCUCUGUCUGAGGCAGAGGCGUCGGUAGCGUCACCUUUCACUUCCAAGACCCCUAACAUCAGCUGUGUCCCACUGCUCAUCAGAGAGGGUCGAUGUGCUCUGGUGACCUCAGCCAGUCUCUUCAGAUACAUGGCUCUGUACAGUCUGGUCCAGUUCUCCUCUGUCCUCAUCCUCUACACGGUGAAGACAACCCUGUCGGACUUUCAGUUCCUGUGGUGUGACUUGUUUAUGGUGACCGUGCUGGCCAUUGUGAUGGGGAGAGGAGGCCCCAGCGAGGAGCUGCACUCCUACAGACCUCCUGCCAGUCUGUUGGCCCUGCCUGUCCUGGGCAGCCUCUUCAUCCUCUCCUCCUUGAACAUCCUAGGCCAGCUUGCUGCUCUCUUCAUCACCAUGUCCCAGGACUGGUACAUUCCACUAAAUUCCACAGUGAUUGGAACAGCCAAUCUGCCCAACAUGGAGAAUGUGGGUGUGUUUGCCUUGUCGGGUUUUCAGUACAUCAUCAUGGCUGUGGUUGUCACCAAAGGCUACCCUCACAAAAAGCCUCUCUACUACAACAUGCUUUUUCUCUGCAUCCUGCUGAUCCUUGCUGCACUGUUGACAUGGCUGGUGCUGUAUCCAGGUCCUUUGUUCAGGCAGGUUUUUCAGCUGUAUGACAUCACUGACAUGAUCUUCAAAGUGCUGCUGGUCGCCUUGGCUGCUCUCAACCUCUUUCUUUGUUUCUUAGUGGAGGUGCUGAUCGACAAGGGUGUCCUCAACUGCCUGCGGAGACUACGUCGGGCGAAGCCAUCAAAGAAACACUAUAAACGUCUGAAACUUGACCUGUGCAACUCGCCGUCAUGGCCGCCACUGAACCACACCCUGUUCUCCACACAGUGCUCACUGACUGGCCUUAGCUAACACCUGCUGCUUUUUCUGCUUCUGCAACUUCACACUUGAUUAAAGACUGUUUUGACAUGAAA